GUUAGCCUCCACGCUGUACACUUCAGAGUGUAUACAUGUCCACGCGAGGGGAACCACCACAAGACAGCUAGAGACUAAGCUGAAAAAAGUUGGGAAAAACCCCGCGGAUUGUCUUUUUUGAAAAGAAACAAAAUUGGAUAUUUUCGCUACUCUAAAUAAACAACAACAGCCGAUUGAGACCGUGAGACAGAUUCGCGUGUCGAAAGUGCCGUUUCGAAAAGUUUGGUGGGACUUUUUGUCAACUUUGGGAACUCUUCAUCAGCUGACAACCAGGAAAGAGUGAAAAGGGACUUGUUUUUCGGUUUCACUUCUAUGUAUACCAAGAUGGAAACUACUUUCUAUGACGACUCACUCAACGCUUUCUCCCAGCACGAAAGCGCCGGCUUCGGAUACAGCAGCUCCAAGACGCUCAAACACAACAUGACCCUCAACCUGGCCGACCCUACCGGCACCCUCAAGCCUCACCUCCGGGCCAAAGCCAGCGACCUCCUCACGUCCCCGGACGUGGGCUUGUUGAAGCUGGCCUCCCCGGAGCUGGAGCGGCUCAUCAUCCAGUCCAGCAACGGACUCAUCACCACCACGCCGACGCCGACACAGUUCCUGUGCCCCAAGAAUGUCACUGACGAGCAAGAGGGCUUCGCCGAGGGCUUCGUACGCGCCCUGGCUGAGCUCCACCACCAGCACAUGCCGGGUGCGGCCGGCGUGAGCGUCACCUCGGCGCCCCAGAGCGUCAACACUGCCCUGCCGCCUGUGUCGUCCGUAGCUGGGGCGGCUGUCUACAACAGCAGUAACCCGUCAAUGCGGUCGGACUCACCCGUAUAUGAGGACCUGAACACGUUCAACCCGGCCAUAAGCACCGUGUCGGCGCCAAGCUACACCACCUCCGCCCCGAGCGCGUCCUUCCCCAUUUACGGGCAGCCCUCCUCCUCUUCCUCCGCCCAUCUUCCGCGGCUCGCCGCGCUCAAGGAAGAGCCGCAGACGGUGCCCGAGAUGCCGGGGGAGACGCCGCCUCUCUCGCCGAUCGACAUGGAGAGCCAAGAACGCAUCAAGGCCGAGCGGAAGCGCAUGAGGAACCGCAUCGCCGCGUCCAAGUGUCGGAAGAGGAAGCUGGAGCGCAUCUCCCGGCUGGAGGACAAAGUCAAGAAUCUCAAGUCCCAGAACUCGGAGCUGGCGUCCACCGCGAACAUGCUGCGGGAUCAGGUGGCCCAGCUCAAGCAAAAAGUGAUGGACCACGUCAACAGCGGAUGUCAGCUCAUGUUGACGCAGCAGCUCCAAACCUUCUGAGCUCCUAAAGGUUGAACCAAAAUGGACGCUUCCUGUGAGUGGAUGUGCUUCCCGGACUGGGGUGAAGUGGCAGGAAGACCGAGGGCUGUGAAAAAGUACCAUGUACCUAGUACCAUGCACUUGUCCUCGCGGUGGGGCAUCCCGCGGGGGGGUCUGAACUGUGACAGUGUAACUAUGAACCGAUAAUGGAGCAUGGCGACUAAACAAAACUUGUUUCUUCCUGUUUGCCCGUCUUUUCAGAACUGAACAAGACUGAUCUUUUCUUCAGCUCUGCAUGGAUGUGAGCACCGGUAGAGAAAGAAAGACAUUCAGUAUUAGAGGUGACCUUUGAACCUGCAAUAGACUUUUCUUGCUGCAGCCAUAUUGGCCCUCACCAGUAAAGCUGGGCCAGCUCUAAGCGUAUAGAAAAAACUUCUUGAGUUAGUGUCCAACUUUUUUUUUAUUGUCAAGAAGUUUCUAGACAAUUCAAGAUUUUUUUCUAAAGUCAUUUUGAUGGGGUUUCACUCAUUGUUAUAUGUAUAUAAGAGCAACUUGGAGUACUUAUGUUUACCAUUUGUAAUAAGAAUUAUGUAUAAUUUUUUUAUGUUUCCUUUUUUCUGAACACUUGAGAGUCAUAUUUAAGAAAAUAAACCUGUACAAAAUGAAGCA